AUGGCUGAUAGUGAUGGUUUGGGUAAAAAGUCCACAAAAUGCCCCAAAUGUUCAUCUGUGACUCAGAAAGGUACACUUUAUGUAUGUUCCUGUAAAAUAAGGGUUUCUUCAACUUCGUUGGCGCAAGUGUCACCGACAUCAAGUGUUGCUAGUUCAGAACGACUAAUUUCAUCAGAGAGAAAAAAAGAAAAUAUUACCAGCAGAGACACUGCCUCUGGGAAAGAUUUGUUAUCAAGACCCUCAACUGUAGAGAGAAAAUCAUCUCAACAACAAUGGGGUCGAGGUAACUUUACAGAAGGAAAAGUUCCUCACAUUAGAAUGGAAGAUGGAACUGCUAUUCAGGAAUUCUAUACCUUUGGAAGAAUACUGGGACAAGGGAGCUUUGGAAUGGUCAUUGAAGCUAUAAACAAGGAAACAGAAACUAAGUGGGCAAUUAAAAAAGUGAAUAAAGAGAAGGCUGGAAGCUCUGCUGUGAAGUUACUUGAACGAGAAGUGAACAUCCUAAAAAGUGUGAAACAUGAACAUAUCAUACAUCUAGAACUAGUGUUUGAGACGCCUAAGACAAUGUACCUUGUGAUGGAGCUUUGUGAGGAUGGAGAACUCAAAGCAAUUCUGGAUAGGAAAGGGCAUUUCUCUGAGAAUGAGACAAGGUGGAUCAUUCACAGCCUUGCAUCAGCUAUAGCAUAUCUUCACAAUAAGGAUAUAGUACAUAGAGAUCUAAAACUGGAAAAUAUAAUGGUCAAAAGCAGCUUUAUUGAUGCUAACAAUGAAAUGAACUUAAACAUAAAGGUGACUGAUUUUGGUUUAGCAGUGAGGAAACAUGGUAGGAGUGAAGCCAUGCUGCAGACUACAUGCGGGACUCCGAUCUAUAUGGCCCCUGAAGUUAUCAAUGCCCAUGACUACAGCCAGCAGUGUGACAUUUGGAGCAUAGGGGUCAUAAUGUACAUACUAUUAUGUGGAGAACCACCCUUUUUGGCAAACUCAGAAGAUAAACUUUUUGAAUUAAUAAGAAAGGGAGAACUACGUUUUGAAGAUCCAGUCUGGGAAUCUGUAAGUGACUGUGCUAAAAGUGCUUUAAAACAGCUUAUGAAAGUUGACCCUGCUCACAGAAUCACAGCUAAGGAACUGCUAGAUACUCCAUGGAUAACAGGAAACAAGAUAUCUGUAAAGUACAAUGCAAGGAAGAAAAUGAUAAAUGAUAUAAGAAAUUGCCAAAUGACCAGAGGUAUGAAGCUCACUAAGUGUGAAAAGACACUUCCUGUGACCAGUAUGAAAGCAAAUAUGGACAAUUUGGACACGUACUCCUCAGGUACCACAUCUAGCAAACUUCCAGUUGGACACAAGGGGGAACUAGAGAAAUCCCCUGAAACUUCAAGCCAAGCAAUAGCAACCAAGUUCACUACUAAAUCCAUUGGCCUGGCUAGAACCAAAAAGAAAUGCUAA